AAUCUGCAAUUCCUUCAUUUUUUUGCUAUGGAAGAGCAAGCCAAGAAUCUCCACAUAGUGAUGUUUCCAUGGCUAGCAAUAGGCCAUCUUAAGCCAUUUUUCGAGCUAGCGAAAUACUUAGCUCGAAAAGGCCACAAAAUCACAUUCAUCUCGACCCCAAUCAACCUUCAAAAAACAGCCAAAUUGCCUCGAAAUCUCUCCCACCUCAUCGACCCGGUCGCCAUCCCCUUUCCUCCGGUCGACCACCUCCCGCCCAACGCGGAGUCCUCCUUGGACGUGCCUCACGCCAUGCGAAAGCUGCUCAAGGUGGCCUUUGAUAUGCUCCAGCCGAAGCUGCGUUCUUAUCUCGAGAACAUGAGGCCUAAGCCCGAUUGGAUCAUCUACGACUUCGCCUCCCACUGGCUACCUCGAAUCGCAGAGGAACUCGCCAUCAAGAGGGCCUACUUCAGCAUCUUCUGCGCCGUGUUUAUGGCGUUUCUCGGGCCUCCGUCCGCGCUGUUGAGCGAGGAACACGCCAGGGUCACUGCGGAAGACUUUACAGUCGUGCCCGAGUGGCUCCCUGCCUCCUCCGGCAUGGCUUUCCGCCACUAUGAAAUGGCUAGGUACCUCGAAAAAGAUCCCAAUGAGGACGAGUACGACUCGGGCAUGACGGACUGGACCCGGUUUGCCCUUACCGUUAAUGGUAGCGACAUAGUCAUCUUCAAAUCAUGCGACGAGUUCGAGACGGAGUGGUUGGAAACCGUCCGCCGCCUCUACCAGAAGCCGGUCUUCGCGGUCGGGGUUCUCCCACCGGGAUAUGAAGAAUGUGUAGACGACGAUACGGAGUGGUCGAGGAUCCGAGAGUUCCUCGACCUUCACAAGGAGGGCUCAUUAGUGUAUGUUGCAUUUGGAUCUGAAGUUGUACUAACAUAUAAAGAAACACAAGAUUUGGCCCUUGGAUUGGAGAAAUGUGGAUCACCUUUCUUUUGGGUGUUGAACAAAGGCUAUGAGAAGCUUCCCGAAGGAUUCGGAGACAGAGUUCGAGACCGUGGCGCCGUUUACUCGAAAUGGGCGCCGCAGUUCAAGAUUCUCGGCCAUGUGGCAGUCGGGGGAUUCUUGACGCACUGCGGAUGGAGCUCGGCAGCAGAGGCACUAGGGCUCGGACGGGUGCUGAUUCUGCUCCCGUUCAUGAAUGAUCAGGGGAUUAACUGUAGGCUCCUGGAGGCGAAGAAAGUGGGGAUCGAAAUACCAAGAAACGAGGUCGAUGGAGCGUUCACAAGCGAUGCGGUGGCGGAGACGGUGAGGACGGCAUUGGUGGGGGAAGAGGGCAGAUCAGUGAGAGAGAAUGCAAGAAAGAUGAAGGAAUUGUUUGGGAGUGAGAGCAGAAGCAACUCUUAUGUUGACACAUUACUUCAUCACAUGAUUCAGACAAAUGGGUUCUGAUAAAAAUGCUGUUAUAAAUAAUUGGGAUAUUGAAUCGUUCUCAAGAUUCAAUUUUUCGAUAAGGAGAUGCAUCUUGAUAUGUUACAAUUGUCCAUCAUUAUCUUGAUUGAUAAUGAUUAGGAUGUGCUUUGAUUUGUUUUUUUCAGUGUGAUUUGUUUCCUUGCUAGUUUUAUAUUGAUUUACUUUCUAAAGAAGAGAUAUUACAUCUCAGAAAAUAAAUUGUUUAGGACGGUAUCAACCGUCGACCUCCUCCGAGGAUUGUUGUCUCGAGCCUCUUCGGAGGUUCCGGACCAUAUUCUCUCUUUAUGCUCUGUUUUCAUUAAUUGUGUCAACUGUCAUUUACUCUAUAUCAG